UAUAAGACACCAACCAUCAAAGAAACAAAACAAGAAGAUAAAUAUUUGUUACCAUCUUUCAACCUUCAAAUUAUUAGAAGAAACCACAAAAUAAAAAACCAAUAUCAAGAAACAGAACAGAGAAGAAUUCUAAGUAAUUGGAAUGUCAGAAGUUCGAGACCCUGAGAUUAAGCUGUUUGGUCAAACGAUUGGUUUGACACAGGAAAGAGGUCUAUGGAAUCGAAAAAGCUCGUCAUAUUCAACUUCAACUGCUUCAAAUGAAGAUAAGAUCACUUCAAAAGGAGAAUUUACACAAAGCAAACAAGAUAAUGAACUUGUCGAUCCAACUGUAGACUCGUUGGUUGAACCAGAAACAUCAUCCGGUUUAAGUGAUGAACUCAAGAUACAUGAUGCGGAUAAAGAAACACUAUCGCCAAAAUCUGUUGAGGAGGAAGAUUCGAGUGAUCAGGAAAAGACACUAAAGAAGCCUGACAAAUUAGUUCCAUGUCCGCGAUGUAAUAGCAUGGAAACAAAGUUCUGUUAUUAUAACAAUUACAACGUAAACCAGCCUCGUUAUUUUUGCAAGAAUUGCCAAAGAUAUUGGACUGCUGGUGGAACAAUGAGGAAUGUGCCUGUUGGUUCUGGCCGUCGCAAGCACAAAAGUUCUUCCACUUCAAAUUAUGGAAUGCAUCUUCCUGCUUUAAGGGCGAACGGGAUUGUCCUAACAUUUGGAUCAGAUGAACCCCUUUGUGAUUCCAUGGCUGGGAAUGAUCAAUCAAAUGGAGUUUGUAGUACAUCUUCAGUUUUAACUGAGAAAGAAAACUAUUCUAGUACACAUGAUUGGAAAAAUUUUCAGGCAUUUCAUCCUCAAGUACCGUACUUACAAGGCGCUCCGUGGCCUUAUUCUGGCUUUCCAGUAUCAUUCUAUCCAGCACCAGCCUACUGGGGAUGCACCGUAGCAAACUCCUGGAACGUACGGUGGCUAUCCUCUGAUCAAUCGGUCCAUAACACCGGUCCUGGUUCACCGACAUUAGGAAAGCAUCCUCGGGAAAGAGAAGGAGAGAGAUGUGUACUGAUUCCUAAGACACUAAGGAUUGAUGAUCCAAAGGAAGCGGCGAAAAGCUCUAUAUGGUCAACAUUGGGUAUCAAGAAUGAGAAGAUUGAUUCGGUUCGUGGGGCAAGACUCCUCAAAGCCUUUAAUACAAAAGCUGAUCAUAGAAACCGUGAAUCUGAUGCUUCUUUCGUCCUGCAAGCGAAUCCAGCAGCCUUGUCUAGAUCGCUUAAUUUCCGCGAGAGCACACAAUGAGACUCAAUUUCGCGUUAACUCGUUCGCAAGGAAGCAGAAACAGUGUCACUGAUGUUAGUGCAGCAGCUAAUUUUUGGUAGCAACAUAAGUUAGUUGUUCAAAAAUAUAAGCAUUUAUAGUUUUGCAGUAUUUGUACUUUGUACAUAAACCUGUAGAGUUCUAAUACACAGAGAAAAUAAGAUGUAGCUGAAGAAUCUGCAAUGGUAAA